UAACACAGUCAGUUCGCAAUUACACAGUAGUGAAAAAAAGAAAUAUCUGGUUCAAACCUGAUAAAUUGAGAAACUGCUUUUACAUACAUUAUAAUUUAAUUUUUUUAAAAAAUAAAAGAAAAAAGAAUAAUGAAAUUAUUUUGUGCAUUAUUUGUUGUCAUAUCAACAUUGCUGGUAACGGAAGCGCUUGGAGAAUCAUUUUUGAAGAGAAUUUUUGCGAGUAGUGGAUAUCAAAACGGUGUCAGUUAUCAAAAUUUCAAUUAUGAAACAACCACGAAGAAAGUGAAAGUUGAAAAGCAACGUGGACGAUCGUUUAAGGAAAUUUGUAGGGCAGUGAAUCCUGCACCUUACAGUUUCCCAAAUAAAAUUCCAUAUCCAUCUGUUCCUAUUUGUUGAGUGCCUCAUCAAUGUUGCAGUCAGUGUUUUUUUAAUCGAGUGUCAUACUUUUGCUCUAGACGAAGAGUUAAUGUAACCAUACCUUAGGAGUAAAUUAACGAAUUAUAUUCCAUCGAAUCUUUGAAAAUUGUGAUUGUAGUUUGAUAAGCUAAAUAGAAUUUAAAAGUGAAAUUGUGGCAUUGUUUUCAAGCCUCAGAUUAAUCGACAUAAUAUUUAUUAUAACUGCUGAUAAGAACAUCCAUUUUACUUAAUAUAUUUACAUUCCUUUAAUUUUAAUUUUUGUUUGAACUAUUAAUUAAUUAUGAUUAUGAUGAGUUUACUGUCCCGU